GUAUUGUUGCUGUCGUGGCUCUUCCAAGUUGUUUUAAUGGGUCAAGCAACUAGUAUGGUUCGCGGUCAUUCUUUACAAAUGGUGCGUGUUAUGUCAAUAACAUGGUCUGAAUUUGUCGAGAUGGUAUGUGGUCUAAAUACACGAUGUCGACAACUGACGGAUUCAAAUGGACGUUAUCUGUUGUUUGCUAUCAAAAGAGGAAGCGCCGAUUCAUACUUAUGGAAGGCAACGAUAAGGAUUUGUGCAUUACGGAGAAACAUUAAUGGUGUAACAGAAUCACGUCGAGUGUUAACACUGGCUCAGUUUUUGUCGUUACAAAAAUCCUUAUUCAUUUUACUCGACAGUAACUCUUCAGAAGAAAGUUGUUCAACUGCAGUUGACAUCUCGCAACAAAUUUGUACUUCGCAGUAUUUGGACAAUUUUGGUGCUGAAAACGAAUGCAUUAUUUGUAUGGAACGAAAAACAGAUACCAUUCUUCCUUGUACUCAUUCGUACUGUUUUGUUUGCAUCGAACAGUGGAAAGAGUAUGGCAAAAACGAGUGCCCAUUAUGUCGUGAACCACUCGAAAUUGACGGCAAUCAUGAAUGGGUGAUUCCCGAAGAGCCAGAUGAUAAUGCUGUUGAGCAAUACUUAAUGUCGUUGGCAGAUCCAUCCGUAGAGUCCACUACGGAUUAG